AUGAACAAAAGAGAUCGUUCCGAAAUUGAAACUUUAAUUGAAGACAAUUCAAAGGGAGAACAAACACCAAAUGAGGAACCAGAACAUGAAAAUAAAACAAGUGCCAUAAUUGAUACUUUUUCUAACUCUGAUCCCAACUUAAAUCACACAAUUUCUGAAGGAAAUCUGGGUUUGGAAUUUAAUUCUGAUUCUAUACCCAAGUCAGUAGAUAAAAAUGAUGAUAUGAUGGAAUCAGGAUCUGAACCCGAGAAUGGAAGCAAAAGUGAAGAUGAUGAGGAUGGAUAUGAACCUUAUAUUAAGUAUUUGCAAGCUUUAAGCUUGUCUUGGAGUAGUUGGGAAGCUUCAUCAAUGCUAACAAAGGACUUGGUUGAAUAUAUGGUACCAAGAUUUCAAGACUGCAGUACACCUAUAAAGGUGAGAAUCAUUAUGAGCAUAUUAUAUAUAAGUGAUUAUCUUCGUGAAUCCUGUAAACAAGAAUUUAUGAGUAUUUUAAAUUUUGGGGAAUUGGAUAGAGAUGACUGGGUAAGAAAAUUAUCCAGAUUAAUGAUACCUUAUGUUCAAAAAGGUGUUCUUGAUUUGGGAGAAACUGAUACAGAAACAGCCUUCAAAAUUUUACGGUAUCUUGAUGAGUUAAGAAUGAGGGAAAACAUUGAUUUUAGGUUAAAACCUCCUUUAGAAUCUAUUCAUAUGUGUGAUCCUUUAACUGAUGAAUCGAUUCAUAAUGAGAUCCCCUGCUAUAAUGUCGAUUAUGACAACUUUGCUCCUCAAAAAGACUUUGAGCUAUUGCUUGCUGAAGUUGAAAAAGAUGGUCUACAUAAAAUGAGAAUGGCAAGUAAUUCCUUCACUAACACAAAGUAA